AUGUUCUUUUUCUCAGACGACAGUGAGAACGCCCCGUAUAAUGCGGCUAAGCCGCCUCUUCCUUAUUUCCCUGGACAGGAGUUUACUGUCCGCUCUCAUAUUCCUCCGCCUCCCACAUCUAUAGAUUGUUUGCCAGGUCCUGAAAGCCACGAGGAGUGGCAAAAGAAAAGCCCACUUGAGCGCUGUUUUACCAAUCCACCUUCACCAGGCGCCGACGGAGAUCAGCUUGUCAGUCUCAUAGUAUCCAAGGAAAUACGGUUGGAGGAUAACCAUAACUCACAGCUCGUGAUCGUUGAUGUCUUGGAUGUCACUCCGUCUAUCGCACAGGGACCACAGAAGGCUACAACUGUCCUUGCUAAAUUCUAUGACCCUCUCUAUCAGGACCAUAGACAAGACGACGAAGAUCCCUUUCUCGCUGUUGAGCAUGAUUACACGCACGAAGCUGCGGCAUACACUGCCCUUUCGGAAUUACAGGGAACCGUUAUUCCAAAAUAUUACGGCUCGUUUACUCUCGAGUUACCUAUUGAUAACUACGAGACUAAGCGUCUCGUGAGGUUAAUCCUCCUUGAGCUGGUUGAAGGUGUUCCCAUGCGUAACCUCGAUCCCAAGAAGGUGUCUCAGCAACAACGAAAAGAGAUGAUGAAAGGGGUUAUCGACGCAGAAACAGCAAUUUAUUCAUGUUACAUCCUGCAUUGUGACACCCACCCACGAAAUGUCAUUAUCAAUAGUGACCCAGAGUCUAAUCGGAAGGUGACUCUUAUUGACUUUGACCGUGCUAGAAAAUAUCCGGACGCUUGCAUCCGGCCUGAAUUCGUAAAACUCGUUUGUCUUCCUGGCCCAGCUAGCCCGCUACUCCGCUGGCAUCGGCUUCGGUGGCCAGGCGUACAGUCUGAAUUCGAUGGCUGGAUUGAUUGGGACUGGCAAACUUGGCUUGAAGAAAAUUAUUCUGAUCCUCAGGGCACCCUUACACGUGAAAUGAAAGAGUUCUGGAUGCCGGAUGACCCAGGGAGUGUUUUAAGGCUUCCGGGACUGAAGAUUUGGUAG